AUGUGGAUCUCACUUUUUAUACAGCAACACGGUCUUGCUGGUCUUCCACUGUAUAGGAACCUUGCAUUCCGACAGAUCGGGUGCCUUACGAUUUCUUACCGACAUGAUAGCAUGUCGUAUUUCGGACGGGAGAACCUCUGGAAUGACUUGUCCGUCUUCCCUCAGAUGGCCCUCUUCAGCAAUGGUGUCUUCUAUUCCUACGAUCCUCAUACAUUGCUAGCUCGACUCGGUGAUGGAAGUCACAUGACUCCCGUGGGGCUUGAGUUGCUGCGACCUCUCUACGCUAAAAUUUUGAAUAAACUACUAGCAUUGUUACCGAACUAA